UCCUUACGUUCGCCCAUUGUUUCCUCUUUCCUAUCUGUCCAUUGCUCUCUCUCUCUCUCUCUCUCUCUCUCUCCCCCUCCUCCUCUCUCUCAGACACAUACACAGUCCUCUUCUCUUUCAUCUGAUACAAAUUCAAGUACCCAACACCAAAUAUCGUAGUUUCCGCCUCUCAAUUCUGAAAUCAAUUGGACUGAUAAUGGAGAAGGAACCCUAGCACUCGCUUGGAACCCUAAUUCAGCGAAUCCCCAUUUCAGUUUCGCGGCGAGUUUGUCGUUUAACUUUCGGGUACUUUCGUGCGUCGUCCCAAUUGGCGUUGAAACAGAUAGGGAAUGGAGGGGACUGGGCAUCCGAUACCGAGAACUGUGGAGGAAGUCUUCAACGAUUUCAAGGGCCGUAGAGCUGGUCUCAUCAAAGCCCUCACCACUGAUGUAGAGAAAUUGUUUCAGCUGUGCGAUCCUGAAAAAGAAAACCUCUGUUUGUAUGGACUCCCAAACGAGACUUGGGAAGUCAAUCUUCCUGUUGAGGAGGUGCCUCCCGAGCUUCCUGAGCCAGCACUUGGGAUUAACUUUGCUAGAGAUGGAAUGCAAGAGAAGGACUGGUUAUCUCUCGUUGCAGUUCACAGCGACUCAUGGCUACUUGCUGUUUCUUUCUACUUUGGUGCUCGAUUUGGAUUUGGUAAAAGUGAGAGGAAGAGGCUCUUUCAGAUGAUCAAUGAACUGCCAACUAUAUUCGAGGUCAUUACUGGAGUCGUCAAACCUUCAAAGGAACAGUCUGCUGCUCAAAAUAACAGCAGUAAGAACAAGGCCGGCGGCAGAUUGCAGCCCAGAGGCCCAGCAAAGGACGAGGGCGAUGAGACAGGCGAAGAAGAGGAAGAGGACGAGGAUGAUGAUGAGGAAGGCGACGAAGAUGACGAUGAACAGGGAGCUACAUUGUGCGGCGCUUGCGGAGACAACUACGCAAACGACGAAUUCUGGAUCUGCUGCGACAUCUGCGAGAGAUGGUUCCAUGGGAAGUGCGUGAAGAUUACUCCGGCCAAAGCCGAACACAUCAAGCAUUACAAAUGCCCCGGCUGCAGUAGCAAAAGAGCCCGAGUUUAAUCUCACAUGCAUCGAAUUCGCGCAAUCCCCGCAGCUAGUUUAUAACUUGCGCUUGUUUUUGAGUUAUAGAUUAUGGUGGAAUAUUGAUCUUUCGCGGACCAACUGUCGCCGGAUUCUUGUCCGGCGGGGCGGCGACACCCCCCUUUUGUUUUUUUUGUUUUAAACUUUUUCUAGGUACGUUUGUGGAAACUGUUGUGUGUUGAUUAUUGGAAAACGAUGGAAUUGCCUGUUUAUGUCGUAAUAAAUUAUCAAAGUAGGGAAAAUUGUAUAUA